AUGUUCGUUAACGACACUUGGGGCCUCAGUUGCUUCGGUGUCCCUUAUCCGCAGGAGCUCCUCUUCAACCUGACCGACUCCCCAGGCUACCUCGAGGGGUACGUCCCUGUGACGCGCAUCCCUGGGCUGCCCAAGGAUGUCGUCUCGAAGGUGGUGUUCCCGAAUACCAUCGUCGAUUUCAAGGCUGGCCCACAGGGCUGGUCCCUGGAGAUGCAGUGUGUCCAGUGGAUGGGCCACGUCGUCUUCGUCGGGAUCAACUACUACUCCAAGGUCAACAGCGAGGCCGCCUUCCAGGAGAUGGACCGCGCGGCUCGUGCGCGCGGCCUGGGCCUGUGGCUGGACCACGGCUUCGGCCUGAGGCGCGUGAGCUUCACGGACUGCGCCAACGCCUCCGGCACGGAGGCAGAGCUCGCGGUCUGA